AUGCUUUGUCGACGCCACCUCCUGCUGCUUGUGGCCGGGUCCGUGGCCAACUCUGCAGCUAUCCUCCCCCUAACCAGCAACGUCAGUCUCUCGUCGCUCUCCGCCCAAGGCCAGGGCUGUCCCAAGAAUUCUGUCUCCUCGCAAAUAAGCCCGGACGGGUCCGUUAUCACCUUUGGCUUCGACGACUUUGCGGCGUACUACGGCCCGGCAUUUCCGCCUACAGAACAGUCCAAGACCUGCGUCAUAAACGUAACGCUCAGCUACCCCGUUGGCUACAGCUUUUCCGUCCUGGGCGCGACGUACCACGGCUCGGCGCUGCUGGACGCCGGCUUGAACGCGAUCGUCUCGUCGUCCUACCGGAUCGCCACGGACGAAGUUGGAGCGGGGGACGUAACGCCCCCGGUUCAGACGCGAGCCACCAUUGAGGGCUCAUUCGAAGGCAUCUUCACCCAGGCCGUUCCAGUCGGAAAUGGCCCCGCGCUCAACUCACCCUGCUCGCAGGCCACCGCGGGCCUGCAGAUCGCGACACGUAUCUCGAUUGCAUCCCGCAACUCGGCGCCUUCAGGCAAUCUGGACGGCGACCCUCCGCUGUCGCUGACAUACGAGCAAGAACAGCUGGGAUGGACAGCUUGCACCGCAUAA